AUGAGCCCCCCUCAUUCUUCCACUUUCGAGAAGCCACUUCUUUAUAUGCCGUUCUCUUCCUCUCCGCCAUUCGCGUGACCAAAGAGUUCUCACCGUUUCUCUCGCCUUUCUCCUCCGUCUCUCAAACCCUAGUCAAUCCUCUCUCACCAUGUACCGCGCGGCACUCUCCCUCGCCUCCAAAUCUAGGAUCGUUGGGAGUAGCAGCCGCCAGAUUGGAAGUAGAGUAUCUUGGAGCAGGAACUAUGCGGCCAAGGACAUUAAGUUUGGUGUGGAGGCUCGUGCCUUGAUGCUUAAGGGUGUUGAGGAUCUUGCUGAUGCUGUGAAGGUGACCAUGGGUCCCAAGGGACGCAAUGUUGUUUUGGAGCAAAGCUGGGGUGCACCCAAAGUCACAAAAGAUGGUGUCACUGUUGCUAAGAGCAUUGAGUUCAAGGAUAGGGUUAAGAACAUGGGUGCAAGCCUGGUAAAACAAGUUGCAAAUGCUACUAAUGAUGUUGCCGGGGAUGGUACAACCUGUGCUACUGUCCUUACUAGAGCAAUAUUUGCUGAAGGGUGCAAGUCAGUUGCUGCUGGGAUGAACGCCAUGGAUUUAAGGCGUGGUAUCACAAUGGCUGUUGAUUCUGUGGUGACAAAUUUGAAAAGCAGGGCCAGAAUGAUCAGCACUUCGGAAGAAAUUGCUCAGGUUGGUACUAUAUCGGCUAAUGGGGAAAGAGAAAUUGGCGAGCUCAUUGCAAAGGCUAUGGAGAAAGUUGGCAAAGAGGGUGUCAUCACCAUCCAGGAUGGAAAAACUCUUUACAAUGAAUUGGAAGUGGUUGAAGGUAUGAAACUUGACAGAGGUUAUAUCUCACCAUAUUUCAUCACCAACCAGAAGACCCAAAAAUGUGAACUUGAUGAGCCACUGAUAUUGAUACAUGAGAAAAAGAUAUCCAGCAUUAACGCUGUUGUGAAGGUAUUGGAGUUGGCCUUGAAGAAACAAAGGCCUCUGCUUAUUGUUGCUGAAGACAUAGAGAGUGAUGCCCUAGCAACUCUCAUUCUCAAUAAGCUCCGUGCUGGUAUCAAGGUGUGUGCAAUCAAAGCUCCUGGGUUUGGUGAAAAUAGGAAAGCCUCUCUGCAGGAUCUUGCUGUCCUCACCGGUGGUGAACUCAUCACCGAGGAACUUGGCAUGAACCUUGAAAAAGUAGAGGCUGAUAUGCUUGGUUCAUGCAAAAAGGCAACAAUUUCAAAAGAUGAUACCAUUGUCCUUGAUGGUGCUGGUGACAAGAAGGGUAUUGAAGAGAGAUCUGAACUGAUAAGAUCUGGAAUCGAAUUAAGCACAUCUGAUUAUGAUAAGGAGAAGCUUCAGGAGAGAUUAGCAAAGCUUUCGGGCGGUGUUGCUGUUCUAAAGAUUGGAGGGGCCAGUGAAGCUGAAGUAGGUGAGAAGAAGGAUAGAGUGACUGAUGCUUUGAAUGCAACCAAGGCUGCUGUUGAAGAGGGGAUUGUCCCUGGUGGUGGUGUCGCCCUCCUUUAUGCUUCCAAGGAAUUGGAUAAGCUGCAAACUGCUAACUUUGAUCAGAAGAUUGGAGUUCAGAUCAUUCAGAAUGCUCUAAAGACCCCAGUGCACACGAUUGCGUCUAAUGCAGGCGUGGAAGGGGCUGUGGUUGUUGGCAAACUUCUGGAGCAGGAUAACCCUGAUCUUGGAUAUGAUGCAGCUAAAGGUGAGUAUGUCGACAUGGUCAAGUCAGGUAUCAUUGAUCCAUUGAAAGUCAUAAGGACCGCUUUGGUGGAUGCAGCGAGUGUCUCAUCUUUGAUGACGACAACGGAGGCUAUUGUGGUAGAACUCCCUAAGGAAGAGAAAGAGGCGACUCCUGCAAUGGGAGGAGGUAUGGGUGGAAUGGAUUAUUAAAAGUUGACAAAUGAUGUGGACAAUCAUAUCUGCGUUCAAAGUUCAGAUAGAAAAGAUUAUGAUUUUUGAGGCUUGUAGUCAUUAUGUUAUUGCAUAUCAUUUGAUGCUUACACCCAAUUGUCUCACAAGGGAAUUUUUGAUGCUUCACUGGCUGUUGAAUUUAAUUAAUAAAAACCCUCAUGUAGACAGUUAAACAUUAAGGUCUUUGGACCACCACCAAAAAUCUAAGAGUAGCCUUUUUAUUAUUA